UUCUUUUUUAUCUUGUAACUAGUAGCUAUUCUUUUCUUAUAACACAUGGAUGAAGUAUGCACAAUUUGCUUUGAUUACUGAUGCAAAGCUUAUCUUGUUAGUUUCCCCAAGAAUGCUUGUUUUUAGUGAAAAUAAGGAAAUGAUUGCAUGGUCCUAAAAGUAUUGUUUCAGGCUAAUUGAAUCAUUCAUAUAUUCAAUAUAUGAACUAUUUUACAUGUUAAAUGGAUUAAACUUUUUUUUUUUGUUAUUUAGUGGAUUAACUUAAAAGUUUGAAUUUUGGAAGUCUCUUCUGCUCUUUCAUAUGUGUGAGCUCACCCCCCCUCCUCCUCUCUCUUGGUGGGAUGGCAAAGGAUGUUGUUCUUGCUGUAGUUUAUUACGAUGUGUUUCAUUGCUAAAGUUGUUCAUUAACAUAUCUUUUUUGCCUUUUCUAGUAUUUCACCCGGCGUUCCGAAGAUGCUACAGAAUGCUCUGCACCAACUUUUGCAAUCGCCGGCCCGGCUUGGCCUGCCAACUCCCAGUUCACCUUCUGUUCAGAACCCAAGCCCUCCUCCUAAGUUCUCCUCACAAGUGUCGCAACCUCAUCACGAUGUGUUUCAUUGCUAAAGUUGUUCAUUAACAUAUCUUUUUUGCCUUUUCUAGUAUUUCACCCGGCGUUCCGAAGAUGCUACAGAAUGCUCCGCACCAACUUUUGCAAUCGCCGGCCCGGCUUGGCCUGCCAACUCCCAGUUCACCUUCUGUUCAGAACCCAAGCCCUCCUCCUAAGUUCUCCUCACAAGUGUCGCAACCUCAUCAACCCCUUCAACAGUCAAAUAUGUUAACUACUACUACCACCUCUUCGGCACUCCUUCCUCUUCUCCCACCUCUCUCCAGAGCUCAGUCUCUUCUCAUUCAAAUGGCAUCUCUUGCUUCAAGACUCUUUGAAGUCUCACCUAACCGGUCCCAUUGGCUUGGUGCUUUUCGAGGCUCUUUCCCUUCAUUUCUGCCUUCUGGGACGCCGGUUCCACAAGAUUCCUUCCCUUCAUCGUCAAAAGAAAUCCUCUCUGUGUUUACUUCUCUUCAGACACAGCUGUUUGAAGCAGUUGCAGAACUGCAAGAAAUUCUUGAUCUUCAAGAUGAGAAGCAAAAAGUCAUCCGCGAAAUUAGGUCAAAAGAUUCUUCAAUUCUUGCUUUUGCCAACAAACUUAAAGAAGCUGAGCGUGUUCUUGACAUGCUUGUUGAUGAUUACUCUGAUUAUCGUCGUCCCAAACGGGCCAAGUUGGAAAAUGAUACCGAAGAAUCUUCAGUAACAACUGUGGCGACUCAGUUGAAAUUAUCGGACAUAUUGUCAUAUGCUCAUAGGAUAAGCUACACUACUUUUGCACCACCUGAAUUUGGUACUGGACAGGCUCCUCUUCGGGGAGCACUCCCUCCGGCUCCACAGGACGAGCAAAUGCGGGCAUCUCAAUUAUAUAAUUUUUCUGAUCUUGAUGUGGGUUUACCAAAAACAGAUGAUGGCAAAGAGACAAUUAUUGAGCCACUCCUUGAACCUCCUGCAGAAACUAACCCGCUUGCCAAUAUUCAGGGCCUCAUUACUCCAAAUAUUGUAGUGCCAUUUGGAUGGAAACCUGGUAUGCCUAUCGAGUUGCCCACUGACCUCCCACUUCCUCCACCUGGGUGGAAGCCUGGCGAUCCAAUAGCACUGCCUCCGUUUGAUUCUCUUCCACUUCCUCCAAAGGUCGAGGAAGCACCAGCACGACCAGUACCUCCCCCAGGACUGCCAAGAAUGCCCGAACCAAUACAGGUUCGGCAUGUGCAGCUUGAUAUUGAGGAUGAUAGUAGCGAUUACAGUUCUGAUGAGGCCAGCUCUGAUAGUGAAGAUUGAUCUGGUUAGCUGUUUUGAGUAGCUAAUACAGGUUCGGCAUGUGCAGCUUGAUAUCAAGGAUGAUAAUAGUGAUUAUAGUUCUAAUGAAGCCAGCUCUGUUAGUGAAGAGUGAAGUGGUUAGCUGUUUUACGUAAAUACUCUAGGAAAAUCAUGAUGCUAUGCCGAAACACGAGGUUAACCCUUUUAUUUGAUAUCCACCAAUCUCACCUCUAUGAAGUGUUGGAAUCUCAAGCUUUUGGCAUGAUCCAUUUAGAAACGCUAACCUUUAUGUGCUGAAAGUGAGUUUGAAAUUCUGUAUCUCAUGGCUUGGCAUAAUUGUUUGAUAUGUAUAUAUUUUGGCCAUGUUGUAUCCAUGGUUCCUGCUCAUGCAUUGGUGUUAUUAGACAACUAUGUAACAGGUAACUGUAACUCUUGUGUGCAGAUAAUUCUUUUUGUUAUUCACGAGAACCUUUAGCGCGUUGAUAGGUUUCUAUAUUUCUUAUUUUAUGAUCAUUCAUAAGAACAUAUGUUGUUAUUUUAGACAAGAUACUGACUUCACAGUCAAAAACUUCUCAAAGUAGCUUGGAGUUGCACUGGAGGAACUUUUUCUUUUUUAUUCUAAAAACUCAUGUACUAAACCAUUUGAUUUAAUUAUUGGUAUAAGUCAGAUGGGGAA